AUGCGUCUCUCGCUCGUUCUGUCUCUUAUGCCUCUUGCAGGCUUCGUCGGAGCUCUCCAUGUUACCGAGCCCGAGAAGGGUGCUGAUAUCAAGGCUUCUAGCUCUCUGACUGUCAAGUGGACUUAUGUCAACACCGAUGCUAAGAGCUUCAACCUCUACCUCGUCAACAACGCCGUCUAUCCUCCCGUUAGCGAGAAGAUUGCUACCGAUGUCGAGACUUCCGAUGGUUCCUACACCAUCGACAGCCUCACUGGCGUCACUGCCGGCCAUGGCUACCAGAUCAACCUCCAGUCCGACGAGACCAUGAACACCGGCAUCCUUGCUCAGUCCGAGCAGUUCAACGUGACCGGCUCCGCCCAGAGCUCCUCCACUUCUAGCUCUUCCACUGUUUCCUCCUCUUCCUCCACCUCGUCGGGCACUUCCACCGAUUCCACCUCUACCACCGGUACCGCUACUACUACCAACACCUUGAUCACCGUUACUGGCACUUCCACUGGCUCCAAGACUACCGGUACCUCCGGUGCUACCGGCUCCGCGUCGUCGACUGGUGCUUCUGCUAGCGGUACCUCUUCGCAGACUGCCGUUCCUUCCACCGGUGCUGCUGUCGCUGUUAUGGCUCACCCCGCCGCUGCUGCCGGUCUUUUGGCUGGUGCUUUGGCUUUUGCCCUGUAA